CUGUCACAUGACCACAAAACAGGAAGCACAAGCGUUGUCCAUGUAAAUACUCCGGAAAAGAAAUCGUUAGUUUGAGAAAUGGGUGCUGUCGCCUGAGAGAAGAGCAGCUCUAAGGAUCAUGGCAACGUGAAAUGUAAUUCCACACUCUACAAGGCGAGUGGGGUGUAACCAUGGAUAAAAACACCAGUUUCCCCAGUUUUGGUGAAAUAGAUGACUACCUUACCAGUCGCAACUCUAACUUUGUGUGGCUUCUUGUUGCCACUAUUAUGUCAUGUGGAUGGAUCAUAUACCUGACAUACUACAAUUCCCGCAAUAUUGGACUCGUCCUCACCCUCAUCAUUAACCGACUCUAUAAAAAUGGAUACAUAAACAUCGGUUCAUUUUCAUUCUCUGUGCUGUCCGGCAAGGUCAUGUUCCGAGAUGUCUAUUUCAUCAAUGAAGAUAUGUCUAUCAGAAUUCAAGAUGGGUUACUCAUAUUUCGAUGGUGGCAGAUGUACAACCCCAAACAGAAACAACAUGACCCGAAGGCUGAGACACGGCUCUAUGUCACUGUUAACGGCUUUGAGUUCCAUGUGUAUAAUCGCACGGAUCUGUACGCUCGGCUCCAGGAAACAUUUGGCCUAGAGCCCACCCUUAUCCCACCCAACCGGGAUGAGGAGAAAGGGCGAGAGCAAAGGGAUAAAUCCUUGGAGAGUGUUCACAUCAAAACUGAGACUCCGGACCCGUCGUCUUCCUGGAGGUCUCUCAUCCCUGUCAUCAAAGUCAACAUCAGUACAGGUCGCGUAGCAUUUGGUAAUCACCAUCUUCCUCAAACCCUCUGUAUGAAUUUUGAUGAUGCCUUCCUGACAUAUGCCACCAAACCACCCAGCAGCCACUUGGAUCAGUUCAUGCACAUUGUAAAGGGCUCUCUGGAGAACGUCCGCGUCAUGCUGGUGCCCAGCCCGCGAUACCUGGGCCUUCAGAAUGAUGAACCUCCCAGGCUCAUGGGGGAGGGCUUUGUGGUCAUGCAGUCAAAUGAUGUGGACAUCUACUACUACCAGGAUGAACCAGGUUUGGUCCCAGAGGAACUGGAGAAUGGAGAUACAGAAGCCUGUUCUGAAGAUGCCAAACUACAGGACUUGCCUCCAUGCUGGGGUUUGGACAUUGUAUGUGGCAAAGGAACAGACUUUAACUAUGGCCCAUGGGCUGACAGACAGAGAGACAGCCUAUGGAAGUUCUUCCUGCCUGCAGACUAUCAGCCAAUGAAAGUGAGCGAUGUUGCCACACCAGGCAAACCCCGACAGAUCCUCGCCUUUGAGCUGCGUAUGAACAUCAUAGCUGAUGCAACAAUAGACUUGCUAUUCACCAAGAAUAGGGAGACUAAUGCGGUCCAUGUGAAUGUAGGAGCAGGUUCUUACCUCGAGGUCAACAUACCCAUGACUGUUGGGGAGAAUGGUUAUUCUCCCACUGUUAAAGGCCAGUUAUUACAUGUUGACACAACCAGCAGUAUGCAGUACAGGACACUGCUAGAGGCUGAGAUGCUUGCUUUUCAUGUCAUAGCCAGUUAUCCGCGUGUGUGGAAUAUGCCCCAGUCCUGGCAGUGUGAAAUCGAGGUUUACAAAGCCACGUACCACUUCAUCUAUGCACAGAAAAACUUCUUCACAGAUCUGAUCCAGGACUGGGCCAGCGACAGUGAACCGGACAUCUACUCCUUUGUUCCAUAUUCAUGGAAGUUUAAGAUACUUUUUCACCAGUUUGAGAUGAUUUGGGCUGCCAAUCAGCACAACUGGAUUGACUGCUCCACUAAACAGCAGGAGAACGUUUAUCUCGCUGCCUGUGGGGAAACGCUGAAUAUUGACUUCACUUUGCCUUUUCACGAGUUUGUCCCGGCCACCUGUAACACACGUUUCUGUUUGAGAGCUGAGGACACAGACAUGCGCUUGUGUCUGCCUGACUGUAACCCCAGCCGGUACCCGCUGCUCACCCUUACUAAGGAUUACCAGCAUUGCAAGUCCCCUCCAGAAAACAAUAUGCCAACAGAAGGGCAAGGAGCACCUCCCAAAAACAACAAACCUCGCUGGAGGAACAUGACUCACCCUGAGGCUGGUUGGGUGGACUGCUGGAGUGUGCCGAACUUCUUGCUGAUUAUAGACUAUACUUGGCAUCCCAUCUACCCUCAGAAAUCUGACCAGCAGCUCAAACAAUCAUUGUCAGACAUAGAGGAGUCCAUGCUGUCAGCACUGCGCCCGCCAGAGCGCGUUCCACUUGUACCUCCUCCACCUCGAAUCUCCUCUGACCCCAGUUUGCUGCCACCUGACCGUUUACAUGUGGAGAUGGAGCUGAGCCCAGACUCCCACAUCACCCUUUAUGGCCCUCUCCUCAGAGCUCUGUUGUCCAUCAAGGAAAACUAUUUCGGAGAGGAUGACAUGUACACAGACUUUGAGGAGUCUCUGUCCAGCCCUGUGCUGAGCUCCUGCUCUUCAUCAUCCGGUUGGACCAGAGUGGGCCUGGAGGAGAGCCGCUCUAAAGACGCACCACAUCCUCUCUCGUUACGGCCCUGGGACAUCACCGUACUCAUCAAUCUGCACAAGGUCCAUGGACGGCUUCCGACGCACUGCAGCAGUGACGGCCCAGAGGGUCCUACAGGCUUCAUGGAGCGUCUGUGUUUUGAGAUGAAGAAGGGUUAUAAGGAGACCAUGCUGCAGCUCGUUCUCUCGCCUCUACAUGUGUUUGUCAGCGAUAACUAUCAGCGGCCUACGGUUGAUGCUGUGUUGCGAGAUGGGCACCUGAGCCUCUCAGGGUUGCAGAUGAGAGCCCACGCCAUGUUCUCAGCGGAAGGCUUACCGGCGGGCAGUGACACACUCGAAUAUGCUUGGCUCAUCGACGUUCAGGCUGGAGCUCUUACAGGAAGAGUUACUGUGCCACAGUGUGCGUCUCUUCUGGAAUGGGGCGAGAGCUUUGUUUUUCAUGUAAUGUCCCGAGAGUUCCAGCUUGAGCAGCCAAAACCAUCUGUCACCUGCCAACACGGAGUUGAUCGUAGAGUCUGUGAUGCCAAGUAUGCAGCCUUGCCUGGUCCCUGUCGCACAUCAGAGGAUCUGAAGUACACUAUGACUCGACUAACGGUUGAUGGAGCCCAGGUUUUCAUUGUUGAACAUGGAUGUGCAGCCAAUAUUAAGACCGGAGCCUUGCGGUUGGCCACGUGUAAUCUGCACACGGCUGCUGUCGGCGAAGGCAUCAGUGCCGUUCUGCAAGACGUAGUGAUCGCUCAGUUCAUCGAGCAACAGGAAGUUGCACGGCUUGGCCUUCCUCCUCCCCUCCUUCGGCGUUCUCAUUGGCUUGAAGCCGGUUCGGUGACCUUUAACCUCAUGACGGCUGAUGUGGCUUUAGCCGCUGACCAUCCAGCCAAAUAUGAGGUCCAGAGGCAGUUCCUGGAGCUUCAUGACAUGAAAACAAAAAGACUUUGCUUCCUUUGGCCGGAGGAGAAAUUUAAGCGAAGCCGGAACCGCUGUGGAUGUCUUGGUGGAUGUCGUUUUUUCGGCGGCUCCGUUGGAGGUCUGGACUUCUUCCGAUUGGAGGAAAUCACACCCUCAUCAAGCUCUGCUUUCUCCAGCGUCAGUGCAGAUAUUGACAUGUCCUAUGGCCAGUCAUUAUUACAUCCAGGAGAAUGGAUCAUCACUAAGGAAACUCCUAAACUCCCUGAUGCUAAAGGUGUCGCUAUACGGAGAGAUGUGUGUUCUCCUGCUCCGAUGGUGGACUUGGAGAGACGUGGCCAGCACCUUAGUCUUCACGUACCUCAGCGCUCGCACAGCUCUGCCUCUUCCUCAGAGGAAAACUCUUCCUCCAGUGCUGCCCUGCCUCUGUUAGCUGGAGAACGAGAGAGUCCCUCCCCUUCAAUAGAGUUAAUGAAUGUAACCACUGACGGUCCAGUCCCUGAGGGUCCACCCUUACGCUCUCCACUCCGCUCACCUUUAAAGCGUCAGUCCUCUGUCCAGUCAGCUCGCCUUGGGAGCACCAAGAGCCUAUCGGCCGCCGUCUUCGCAGAGAAAGCCACGCCUCCUACUGGUGUGCAGUUUAGCAGCGAAGUUUCCCGUAGCGACGAGAACGUUCUAGACUCUCCAAGGCAGCGAAGAAGCUACGGAUCAUUUCCUUUCACUCCGUCAGCUGAUUCUAGCACAUUCCAUCAGUACCGCUCUGUUGACUCCUCCAUGUCUGUGGCUGACAGUGAAGCGUACUUUAGCGCCAAUGAGGAGUUUGAGCCAAUCAGUAGCGAUGAAGGUCCAGGUACCUAUCCAGGGAGGAAACGUAGACGAAGACAACAGGGUCAGCCCCACACAGAACACAGCCGCACCUCCAUAUACCACAGUGUGGAAGGACCUCUGUCAAUCGCUGAGACACGUCCACUUCCGAUGCCUAGCCACACCUCCCAAGCUUCAUUUGUCUCUGCACUUGGAUUGGAGGAGGAGGGAUCUGUUGAAACGGAGAAGGCGGAACCUGGACUCCUGACGGCACAGCCGCAUUUAAUGGCUUGUUACCAAACUUACCUUGCACAUUAUCAUGUUUCAAACUGGGCUGUUAAGCAGCCAACCAAUAAGAGAACAUCCAAGUCAUCACUGCAUCGCCCACUUGACCUUGACACGCCUACGAGUGAGGAGAGCUCCGCCUCCUUUGACCAGUUGUCCAUCCCGUCUUUUAAGAUGGUGAAGGGCGGUUUGUCUGCCAGCUCUCUAUUGGACAGAGGAGUUCAGCUCAUGGGUGAUAUAAAUAGCACACCAUACACACCCCUUGACAAGCGGGCGAUGGACAACACUGAUGAGGACACAGUGACAGAGGACUGGACCGUUGACCAGCCUCUUGCCCAGACGAGAACCACAGCCAUCGUAGAGGUCAAAGGGGCGGUCAAUGUGGUCCUGACUCCUUUAGUAGCUGAAGCACUGGACAGGUACAUUGAGUCCAUGGUUCACUUUGCUAGUAUUCGCCACCCCGCAUCAAUCCUGGAUGACCUGCAUGGGAAAGUGCUUAAUGAAGUGUAUCAGAUCAGCAAAUCCACUGUCUCUGAGUCUAGCACAGCGAAAGCAGAGCACAAAAUAUCAAAGACAGAGGGAACCACUCCUGGGUCUCUUAGCACACCGCAUGGACAAACUGAUCUGUCAAUCAAACCUGACAAUGUGAAGAUAAAGGGUUUGCAGGCUAAUGUCACUGUCCCAAAGGUGAAUCUCUGUGUACUUCAAGCAUCCGUAGAAGAAGGUUCACCCUCCAAUAAGAGUGUCAUACAUGUCUCUCUCGUGUCCUUGUGUUUUGACCGGAUUGCUACACAGCUGCGCAUGAAUAGAGGUAUUGUGGAGGAAACAGAAAAGCCCUCUGCUAUGAUGGAGAAGUACUCGUCUGCGUCUAAGAUGGCACCUCAGUCCAGCGGCUCUCUCCGCUCUAAUGCUGGUAUCGAGAAAGGCAAGGAGAUCGCAGCCAGACUCAACAUACACCGCAUACACAGCCAACUCCGCGGCCUGGACUCAUCAGACCUCGGAGCUUGUGCCAUCACUGCCAUUCCAUUUAAGAAGUCCAAGGUUCUCUUCAGUUUGGAGGAAACUGAUGACUUUGUUUUAGUGGAUGAGACUGAGCCCUCCAUCUCCACUGAGCACGUCCCAGAACACACCCCUGACCAUGCUCGCUCUGGGGCCAGUCCUGAGAAAUGGGGUUGGAUUAUGUUUGAGUGUGGGAUUGAGAACCUCACUGUCAAAGGUGGGCGGCAGUCAGGAGCCGUGCUCUACAGUGCUUUUGGGGUGAUGGGUGAGGCCGACAACGGUGUCAGGCAUGGAGUUUCGAAAUCAAACGGUUCUAGUGGUUCUCAGACAGGAAGUGGCUACAGCACGGAUGUAUCUGAUGAUAACCUGCCCAAUGAUGCACAGAGCCCAGCCUCUGAACCCAACAACAAUUCAGACUCUGACGAACAGGAUGAGGGAGUGGAGUCAGAUGAUCUGAAAAAGGACCUGCCCCUCUUGCCUCCUCCUCCUGACUCCAGCAGUAUGAAGCUGACUAUAAAGGAGAUCUGGUUCAGCUUUGCUGCGCCAACCAACAUUCGAUCUCACACUCCAGCCAUGUCUAGGCAGCUGAAUCUCUUGAGUACUGCGACCCCUGCAGUCGGUGCGUGGUUGGUUCCCAUUGACCAGCUGAAAUCGUCAUUGCAGAAACUUGAAAUGGAGGCCACACUGCGUGUGUGUGCGGUCAUGGGCUGCAUAAUGACUGAGGCCCUGGAGAAAAAGAGUAUUCACAUUCCGUUUCGCAGCAAGUAUAACCGUGUUACAAAGCGAGCCCGAUAUCUUCACGAGAACCCGUCCUGCUUACUGUGCAAUAUUCUACAUCGCUACCUGCAGCAGGCUGAUUACAGCAUUAUAGAAGAGGCCACCAUGAAUGAUGGACUGCCUGCUCUGGUCACCCUGAGGAAAGGUAUGGUGGCACUUGCACGUCAGUGGAUGAAAUUCAUUGUUGUCACUCAAGGCUUUAAGGCGGUUGGUUUGCCAAGACCCAAUCAACUUCCUAAGCCCAAAGAGCCAGACCCCAUCGAGCCAGAUCAGAUACAGGGGCCGGAUAGUGGUGCUGCCUUGCAGAGUGACACCAGCGCUGAUGGAGCCGAGUUUGAGUUUGAUGCGGGCACCGUAAGUGAACACACAAUGCUGUUAGAGGGAGUAUGUAGUCGUCCUGCUCCUACCGGUAACUCUGCCCCUGUGACUGGUGUCGAGAUCAUGAGAAAGCUGUCCAAAUCUCACACACACAACGAAUCUGCACUCAGGAUCAAGGGUUCCCAUCCUUACCAGUCCCUGAGCUACACGAGUGGAGAUACAGCAGCUGAUUCUCCCGCUCACGUCAGUCGGACAGGGCUGCAGUCCAGUCAUAGUCCUAGGAAAGAAUCUUUGUUAAGUUAUUUGACAGGAAGCAUCCACAGUCUGCAUAACCUGCUAGAAGCAACGCCCCAUCGAGCAAACGAACAAAUCGCAGCCAAGAGCACUUCCCUGACGCGUACAGGCAACAGUGUAGGUGCAGACGUGUUGACGGAACAUCCUCUUCUAUCGGAGCCUUUUUCCGUCAGCUUCUACAACUGGAUGUCAAACGCUGUUGGCAACCGAACAGGCGGCAAUGUCCAGGACUCUCCCCUCAACCGCUCUCAGCACAACAGCCUGCAGACUGGAGGAGUGCUCCCCACCAUUCCUUCUGCAUCAGACUUUAACACCGUACUGUCCAGUGAUCAGAAUACACUGGACACACACUCUCAGCACACACACUCCCAGCACAGCACAAGUCAGGAGGACCUGCUUGACCAAGACGAGACUAAUCUCUGCCCUGCAGCUGUGCAGCUAGCCGACGCACAGGUUGUUUUUAAGCCUUUGUUGAGUCACAUUGGUAUUCAGCCCCAGGAUGCUCCUCCACUCAGUUACAAGAUGUAUUUUGGGGAGCACCUGUCCUUCAGCGGCACUCUCGAGUGUUUGAGAGCUGACAUUGUCGACUCUGACACCAGCAAAGAAAGGAAGAACAAACGAGCACACAGGCAGGGCAUGGUAAAUCUCCCUCCUCUUGAUUUCAAGCCUGCCCUGAUGAUCGAGACAUUCAGUUUGAAUGCAGUCGUGCUAGAGAAGUGCAUGUCAACCCCUCCCUCUGCCAGCGCGCUGUCUUUCCACGAGUUGAGCCGGAGACCCCAGGCUAGCGUGCACUGCCAUUUUACCCUCGCUUGUCAGGCAAUUCGCCAGCAUGUGGAUAUGGCCCUGGUCCGCCUCAUUCACCAGUUCAGCACGAUGAUUGAUGACAUCAAAGCCACGCAGACUGACAUCAAACUCAAUCGCUACACUGCCGGCUCCUCCUCCCCCACGCCCACCAAGGCACGGCCUUAUCGGGAAUUCCGCUCGUCUGAUUUCAGCCGUAGUUCUCGCGGAAGCCUGAACGGAGCUACUCGACUGGGCACUCAGAAGGGCAAACGCACCGUGGUCGGGCCAGGCCUGGACACACUGACCAGGAAUCGAGAGCCUCGUGGAAGGGGGACGCUGGGACGUUCAGAGCGAAGGACGUCAAAAGUAUCGCGGAAAGGUUCACGUGAUGUGGCGGACCACAUGACCAUUCAGAUGGAUGACUCGGACUCCAUCACAGUGUCAGAACAGAGCGAGCCGUCGGCUGAGUGCUGGCAGAACAUGUACAAACUUCUUAAUUUCUACUCGCUAAUAUCAGACCCCACAGGCAUCCUGGAGAAGAACCAAGAUAAUGCCCUCUCAGAGGGUGGGCGGAGCCCUGCGGAUCCUCCAUGUCGAUUAGAGUUUGAAUCGGAGGGCGAGACGCCGCCCAGUCGGCUGGGUCGUAGGCGGAGUUUAGUAAGCUCUGAGCCCCAGCAUGUGACGCUGAUCGUGUUUGGUGUUGGCAUGGUGAACCGCACGCAUCUGGAAGCAGACAUUGGAGGACUAACUAUGGAGGCGGAGCUUAAGAAAAUACAUGGCAGUUUUACUCUAAAGGAGAAAAUGAAAGACAUUCUCCAUCAGAAGAUGACUGAGACCUGUGCCUCGGCCCAUAUCGGAUGUGUGAACAUUGUGCUUCUGGAAGGAAUCACACCAGACAUACAGACUGUGGUGAAGUGUAACAUCGCAAAGUCCCAGGCUUUAUAUAGCGCACAGCGUGGGCUGAAGACCAAUAAUGCUGCAGUAUUUAAAGUGGGCGCUAUCUUCAUCAACAUCCCACAACACCCUGCAACGCUGCACAGCAUGAUGGUCCGCAGCUCCCAUCAGCUCUCAAAACAAAUUUCAGACCUCAUCCGUCAGCCCUCCAACACCCCGCCUCCCAACCGAGAAGAGACGCCUACUCCACAGCCCUCUGAAGUGAGUGUCAAUCAAACUCCAGUGGAGGCCAGUGAGUUUCCUCAGCUGCCCGAGGGACUGGAGAAGAAGCCAAUCGUGUUGAAAUUCAGCGCUAUGCUGGACGGGAUCACUAUUGGUGCAGCCCUGUUGCCCUCUCUUAAAGCAGAAUACAAGAUGGGUCGCAUGAAGAGCCAUGGCAUGACGGGUGCUCAGACGCGUUUUACUUUCGAACUGCCCAAUCAUAAGCUGUGUUUCCAGUCAAAGGUUUCCCCUGUGGACGUGUCGGCCAUGCCCCCCACUGCCAGCCUGAAUCUGCCUCCUGUCACCAUGUCAGGACAGUACAUUAUACAGGAGCACGAGGGCCACAGCGACACAGCCUGGGCCCCAGAAUACAGCAACUAUCUGCAGGGAAAUUACUUGCGCUGUGUAGCUGAGAUUGGAUCUUUCGAACACAACUUGACCACAGAUUUGCUCAACCACCUAGUCUUCUUACAAAAGGUUUUCAUGAAGGAGGUCAAUGAGGUCAUCCAGAAAGUGUCAGGAGGGGAACAACCAAUCCCACUGUGGAAUGAACACGAUGUGUCGACAGAUGGCGACAAACCUAAAAUCCUGCUUUACUCUCUAAAUCUGACGUUUAAGGGAAUUCAAAUGACGGCCACCACUCCAUCUAUGAGGGCGGUGCGUUUUGAGACGGGCUGUAUUGAGCUUGAACUGUCCAAUCGGGUUCAGUGCAAAACUACUCCUACAGGAAGUAACUACCUGAAGCUUUUUGGGAAAUGUCAUGUGGAUCUCAACUUGGCUUUGGGGCAAAUCGUCAAACAUCAGGUGUAUGAGGAGGCGGGGUCAGAUUUCCACCAGGUGGCGUACUUCCGCACUCGAAUCGGUUUGCGGAAUGCACUUCAGGAGGAGAUCAGUGGCAGCUCUGACAAAGAGGCUGUUUUGAUCACACUCAACCGUCCUAUUGUUUUUGCUCAGCCAGUGGCAUUUGACAGAGGUCAGUCCACACUUAGCUUUUUUUUUUUAUUCAUCAGGGGGAUUUUUAGUUAUUCUCAUAUCUGA